AAACCACACCGUUCAAACGAGCAGGUUCUUCCGCUUAAAAAACACAACGUUACAGCUGUAAAAGUAAAUUAAAGAUGAUUUACUGGAUGAAGAGGAACAAAGGCGGCUCGGGGAUUCCCGACAGCGUCAGUAUCAUGUCUAAGUCGGAGAUCCUGAGAGAAAUCGUCACCGAGAAACUGACAACAGCCGCGCAGGAAAUCUUCGCGGUUGUGGAGAGAACCGUAGCCGGGUACGAGGAGGAGGCUUCGGGUCUGAGGCAGGAGAUCGACCGGCAGAGGAGGCAGCUGGAGGCGGUGCUGCAGCCUCGGGUCAAACUACAGAGAAGAGAAGACCUGAUCCCACGUCAGGAAGGCCAUGAGGCUGUUGUGAGGUUGGAAGAAGAGGAGGAGGAGCAGACACAGCAGUCAGAUGUGGAGGUCAGUGUGAGCCCGGGCCCGUGGGAUGAUGAUGAUGAUGAUGAUGAUGAAGAGGGUGACGGUGUAGAGGAAGAGCAGCAGCUGUCAGCGCCACCAGCUACGAGCCCCAGACGAGAAGAUCUGAAGGACCCAGACCAUCAAAUGAAACCAAGGUCCAUUUCCCCCACAGCCUGGUCUGACAGGAAAAGGGCCAGCAGACCUCAGAUCAGUGACACACAGAGCCACAUAGAUCUCAAAAUUCGUAUCCUGGAAGACUCACAGAUCAAUGUGCUCUCAACAAGCGGGCUUUAUAAACUUCCGGUGCAGGAGCUGCAGUGUCCUCGUGGCCUGCAGGAGACGGACUUCCUGGACCUGCUGAGGUCCACCUUCCCUCAGCUGGCUGAUCAGAAACAGUUUGACUUCUGCACAUUUGGCAGGAGCAGGACGCCCCAGCCUCUGAGAGUAAACACGCAGACACCAGAGGAGAUCUACAAGCGGCUCAUCGACGCAAGAAAGACUUACCUCUUCAUCCGACUGAAGACCGGAGAGGAUCCUAAGAGCAGCAGUGAAGACCUUCGACCUGUACAAAGCCGAGAUGAUUCUCCAUCCAGCUCUGCCUCCACGUCCGCUGAUCAAACCCAAAUGAACCCCAGCUGCCCUGUUCAACAUGUGGAAGGUGACAAAGUGGAUGUUCAGUCCAGCAGAUCAACAUCACAACAACAGGACAUGGAAACAGAGAAAGCUGAUGAUGAAGAUGCUGCUGAGAGCCAAGUGGACUCCAGUGAUGACGAAGACAAAGAUGGAGAUGAGGUGUUCGACGGAGACGACGACUGGAAACCAGAUCCUGAGCUGCAGUCGCCAAAGAAGAGGAGGAAGAAAGAGUCUAAAUUGUCUGGUGUGAAGGGGCAGUUGAUUGGUAGCAGUAAAACGCCCUGUAAAGUCUGUGGAGUUUGGUACAGGAAACUGGGCAGUUUGAUCAAUCACGCCUGGAGUCACUUUGAGGAUCCACUGCUUGUUUGUGGAGUGUGUGGAGAGAAGUUUGAAUCUGUGGAAGAGUUAAAGGGACAUUUCAGAAAUGAUCAUAAAACUAACGACUGUUCAUAUUGUGGAAAGUCUUUCCUCACCAAAACUAGCCUCAACUCCCACAGCACUCUACACACAGGAGACAGACCGUUUAAAUGUGACGUUUGCAACAAAACCUUUGCUCGAUUGCCCACCUUAAGUGUUCACCGUUGGGUCCACAGGGCUGAUAAACCACACAAGUGUGAUAUUUGCCCGAAGGCGUUUGGUCUAAAGACGCAGCUCAGAGCUCACAGCAAGAUGCACGCAGGUAGAGACAAGUACCACUGCAAUGUUUGUGGUAAAUCUUUGGCCGACCUGCGAUCUUUAACUCGCCACAAGUUGACUCACUCUGAGGAAAGACGUUACGGCUGUGAAGUUUGUGGGAAGCGUUUCAAACUGCCCGGUGGGUUGAAGUCGCACGAGAAGGUCCACACCUCCAGAGACCGGCCGUACCUCUGCCACAUCUGCUGCAAGACGUUUGUGACGAAUCACAGUUUAACAGCUCACAUGCUAACGCACAGCAACGAGAAGCCGUUCACCUGCAGCAUAUGUAGCAAAGGCUUCGUGUCCAAGGGGGAUCUGAACUCGCACAUGCGUGUGCACACCAGUGAGGCGCCGUACGGCUGCUCAGAGUGCGGCCGCCGUUUUAAACGCAAGACUCACCUGAACAACCACGUGAGGAGCCACCUGGGCAUCAAGCGGGUUUGUCUGUGGGGUUUGUGGGAAAGCGAUCUCUCGCAAAGACCACCUGGCGGCACACAUGAGGACCCACAACGGAGAAAGACCUUACAAGUGCACCGUCUGCAACAAAACCUUCACUCAGAGCCACUGUCUGAAAACACACAUGAAGAUCCACCAGGGGGAAGAAAACCUGAAUUGACCAAAGUUUUCCCAUUUUAGAGGGCUGCAUGAUGUUGGAGCCUGAUCAGACAGAACGCGUUUUAUGAAGUGAGAGACGCUGUUUUUUAACUGUAUUCUAUUGGCAGUGAGCGUUCUGCGUGCUGUUUAUGCGUCCUGGGUGCCUCGCGCUCUGAGCGCACAGAAUUGAAAAACCAAGACAGCUGUUUCAGUGGUUGCCUAGCAUCAUAAUAAAACGCGGCGCACUGCUCUUUUCAAAUCCAACCAAAAAAAGGCACUGCUGUGCACCUCGCGUUUGUGAACCUGCAAAGCUCUUUCUGUCUGAUCGGGGCCUAACCCUUCUUAAAUGUGACUCCACUUGGAUUUCAUCAAUAAUCCAUACAGGAUUACCAAGGAAAACAAGAUGCCAAUGUUGUUGUUCAGAGUCAAAUGUACUUUAACUGAUAUACCAUGUUUAAUAAGUGUUAAUCUGAAGUUUUGCCAAAAUGUGAUUGCAGCCUGAAUGAAAUAAAGUCAUUUUGAGGCAGAAA